AUGAUCUCGUCAUAUUCGCUGAAGGUGAUAUACCUCAUGUUCCUUCAUAUUCCAUAUUUCGCUCUCGCUCAAUCAUCCGUCACUUCUCCUCCCCUCAACCCCACAAGAGCAACAGCGAGUAGUAACAGUGUCAGUGUCACUGCUACAACGUCAAAUGUGGUAUAUACAGGAACACCAUCGUUGGUUUUUGGAACCGUACAAACCAUGACGGCCUGUGCGUCUGGAGUAAUUCUCUUCAACCUGUAUAACGAGGAUCCUUCCAAGCUCAACAUAACAUUGUAUGCCAUCAACCAAGGUAUAGACCAAUCUAUCCCACAGUCAGCUACAUCUGCUGUAGUUCCACAAGCAUCCCGAAUAUCGACCGCAUCAUCGAUAUCGUCACAGGUCGCACUUGCUACAUCACCAAGACCCAUUUCCGCCACCUCCACCGGUCCAUCACUUCAAGCUUCUCCCAAUACCUUAUCAACUCCAACUGUUUCCCGUCGAUCACUAGCUGAACGAACGAUAUUAGGUCUGAACAUAACUCUAGUCACUCAAUAUGCGAAUCAUGGCUGGUCUUUCAAUCCUGUUAGAUUACCUGAAGGAAGGUAUUAUAUCUUAGGGGUAGUUCACGAUAAUCAACAAACUACAAGUAGGAGUAACAUCUUCAGCGUGAUUGAAGGAGAAGAUAUCUCUUGUUUAGCUCCUUUCAGCUCUCUAUCGUCAUCUGCGCUAGCUCAUCAAACAAAGUCUGCUUCACCUUCAUUCAAAACAAAUUCCACCGCAUCAUCAAUUGGCACUGAGAACAACAACGAAAGCGACGAUCCCAAGCAAACAGGACUCGGCGGUGGUACGAUAGGCGGAAUCGUGGCUGGAGUCAUAGUGGGCCUGAUAGCGUUAGUUUUGCUCCUAAUUUGCUGUAGGAGGCGAAGAAGGAAUCAGAGCGAUAACGAAAAAAGAGGAUUUACUUCAUUCGCUGUCUCAGGUAGAAAACAUCACAAGAUGCCAUCUGAAAUUACAUCACCGUCAGAACAGGAUCACGCAAUGAUCAACAAUGUUAAUGAUAAAAACCCAAUCGCAAUGACUCCUGUCAGGAAUAACGGAUCAAGAUCAGGAUCAGGAUAUGAAUCUGAUGAGAAGCGAAAUUCAUUAAAUUCGAUACAGAAUGUAAUAGAGGAUUUUCCACCUCAACCUCGUCCUCAUCCAUUUGCAACUCCAAGAACGUUUGAUCAAGCUUACGAUACCCCAUCAAUCACUCGAUACGAUGAUGAUAAAGAUCCGUUCACAACUCCCACAUUGGGUGAGAUACCUACCAUGUCACCGAUGUAUUCAAACGAUGAAGUGAGAAAAUUCAGUUCUGCAGAGAAUAUCUUUGGUAUGAACAUGACUAAGGCUCAACCUGUGUACUUGGCGAACGUGAGACGAUCUUCUCAAGAAGAAUCACCAAAUCCUUUCAGCUUGAACAACAAAAAGAACUCAUCGACUACACUAGGCUUUGGUCCAAAUCCAGGUUCAGGUUUGGGAUUAAGGGUUGCUCCACCACUGAAAUCGUCCACCUCAACAAAUUCAUCUUCCUCAUUACCUUAUUCAAGUAAGAAGAAGAGCUUAGUCUCUGAACCUGAAAAGCAAAGGUCAACUCCAUCAUCUGAUGUUCAAACCUCGACUCGGGCAGGGGUAACGACCUCACAAGGACAAGGUUCAGGACACAUCACUCCACCCGGCAAUGGAAAUACACCAGGUGGAUUAAGUAGAUCUGCCAGUAGUAGAAGAAAACCUGUUCCUUCACUCGGAGCAGAAUUGAGGACCGAAUUAGCUAGACAAGGAAGCAUGAAAGAUCUCAAGGGUAGACCUCCCAAAAGUGACAGAAGGACAAGUUACAAGUUGAUGCCUGAUCCCCCUAUUAUACAAGAAUAG